CCUCAUUUCCUCCUCCCAUCGCCGUAGCCCUCUUCUGCCCUUUUGCCCUCCUCGCUCUAAAAACCUCAAUCUCUCUCCUUCUUCUUCUUCUUCUCAUUAUUGAAAUUCUCUCCCUGCCCUCUCCUCCCUCGAUUUCCCUCUUUUGCCCUGCAAUUUACCCGCUCUUUCCCCGUUCAAAAAAAGAGAAAAAAAAGAAAAAAAAAAAUCCAACCCGAGGUCGAUUCUCUCAGAUCUCCGCGCGAUCCUCCGGUUCCCUUCUGGGUUCAGCGAUUGGGGCUCUUCGUUCGUUCUCCCCUCUCAAAAGAUCGGAUCUUGGGCGAGUCCCCUCAUGACGCUGUAGCGGGGAGAGGUGUGGUUUUAGUGUUGUUUUGAAGAACUCAGUUGCUUACUGAUCUACGACCAUCUCCAUGGCGAACCAUGAUUUAGUUCUUGGUCAGAACCCUGACCUCGCACUUGGCCAAAGCCACGACCUUGUCAUCAGCCAGAGCCAUGGCUUGGGCCUUAACCAGAGGCACAACCUCAGUCUUGACCAUCACGAUCUUGGUCUCGGCCAAACUCACGGCCACCAUGAACUUGGCCUAGGCCAUCCUCAUGAUGGUAAUCAUCUCGUUCUUGGUCACCAUCAACAUCAACAUCAACAUCAACAUCAUCAUCCUCAUGAGGAACAUGACGCAAACAAUGAGCUUGCGCUUGGCCAAACGCAAGACCCUGAUUCAGAAACCCUUGACGCUCAAAACCACGAUCUCGGCCUCUCGGACAACCAAGAGCUGGCUCUAGCCGAGGCCCACCAUGACCUGUCCGCCCUUGAAGCACAAAAUCAUGAUUUGGACCAGUCUCAUGAGCUCGCUCUCCAGUCUGCACAUGAAAUUUCCCCUCAGCACUCUCAGCUUAUGAUCCCUUCGGUGCUCCAGUCUCGGGUUAUUGUGAACCCUAACCAUGAGCUCGCCGUUGGCCAAGAAUUCCCCGACGUGAAGAGCUGCCGAAGGGCUUUAAGAGAUGCAGCAAUCGCUUGCCACUUUGAGAUUCAAACCGUCAAGUCCGACAAGACUCGGUUCACUGCUAAGUGUGCUGCUGAGGGUUGCCCAUGGAGAAUUCACGCUGCCAAGCUCCCCGGUGUGCCCACAUUUACCAUCAGAACUAUCCACGAGACUCACACUUGUAGCGGAAUCAACCAUUUAGGGCAUCAGCAGGCCUCAGUUCAGUGGGUUGCCAAUUCUGUUGAGGAGCGGCUUCGUGAAAAUCCUCAUUACAAGCCGAAGGAGAUCUUGGAGGAGAUUCAUCGAAUGCAUGGGAUUACUCUAUCUUAUAAGCAAGCUUGGAGAGGGAAAGAAAGAAUCAUGGCAGCUGUUCGAGGCUCUUUUGAAGAAGGCUACCGCCUUUUGCCACAAUACUGUGAGCAAGUAAAGAGAACAAACCCUGGAAGUAUCGCUUCGGUUUAUGGGAACCCCGAGGAUAAUUGUUUCAAGCGCUUGUUCAUCUCGUUCUACGCUUCGAUAUAUGGUUUUGUGAAUGCUUGCCGUCCUUUGAUAGGCCUGGACCGCACCCUUCUCAAGAGCAAAUACCUGGGGACUCUACUCUUUGCCACUGGAUUCGACGGCGACGGUGCUCUGUUUCCUCUAGCCUUUGGCGUCGUUGAUGAGGAGAGCGAUGAGAAUUGGAUAUGGUUCUUAUCGGAGCUCCACGCCCUCCUUGAAACCAACACCGAGAACAUGCCGAGGCUCACUAUUCUAUCCGAUAGACAAAAGGGUAUCGUCGACGGAGUUGACUUCAACUUCCCCACUGCAUUUCACGGCUUCUGCAUGCGCCACCUCAGCGAUAGCUUCCGGAAGGAGUUCAGCAACACAAUGCUAGUGAACCUUCUUUGGGAGGCGGCCCAUGCUCUAACCGUCAUCGAAUUUGAAGCUAAGGUGCUAGAGAUUGAAGAGAUUUCACAAGAAGCUGCCUUUUGGAUUCGUCGGAUCCCUCCAAGACUAUGGGCAACCGCGUACUUUGAAGGGACUAGAUACGGACACCUGACGGCAAACAUUGCAGAAUCACUCAACAGUUGGAUUCUAGAAGCGUCCGGACUACCGAUAAUCCAGAUGAUGGAAUGCAUCAGGCGGCAGUUGAUGACAUGGUUCAACGAGCGAAGAGAGAUGAGCAUGCAGUGGUCAACGAUCCUCGUCCCCUCCGCCGAAAGGAAAGUCUCAGACGCCAUCGAGAGGGCGAGGGGGUACCAAGUAGGGAGAGCGAACGAAGCAGAAUUCGAAGUCGUUUCCCAGCACGAGGGGUCGAACAUCGUCGACAUGCAGAAACCGCCUGCUGGCCAUCGUAGAGGGUGCAGCUCACCGGCUGCCUGCGCGCCCCGGGGUAUCGCGCAGGCGUGA